CGAGAUCUUCUCGUCAUCCAUUUUCCCACAUCCAAUAUCCGAAACUCGGCCAAUUCCCUUCACAUAUUCCGACCCCAUUUCAUUUCUUUUGCGCAUCGUUCAUAAUCCCACUCCAUUGCAGAGAACGGAAGCGUUAGUAAGAAGAAAAAAUGGCGUCGACCACUUGCUUCUUCCACCACAAUGCGCUCACCACUCCUGCCAGGACCCCGUCGCAGCGCUUCGCCCCGAGCUUCAAGCCCGCCCAACUAGCCUGCCGGGCCCAAAAGCAGGCUGCCGCCGCCGAGGAAGAGGGCAGCGCCGCCGCCGUGUCGCGCCGCCUGGCCCUCACGGUUCUCGUUGGAGCCGCGGCCGUCGGGUCCAAGGCGUCUCCUGCCGAUGCCGCCUACGGUGAAGCUGCCAAUGUGUUUGGGAAGCCGAAGACCAACACGGACUUCUUGCCGUACACCGGGAACGGGUUCAAGCUGUCGAUUCCGUCCAAGUGGAACCCGAGCAAAGAGGUGGAGUACCCUGGUCAGGUCGUCCGGUAUGAGGACAACUUCGACACCACCACCAACGUCGCCGUCAUGGUCACUCCCACCGAUAAGAAAUCCAUCACUGACUAUGGCUCUCCCGAAAACUUCCUCUCUGAAGUCAACUAUCUGCUGGGCAAGCAGGCUUACUCUGGCAAGACUGACUCUGAGGGCGGUUUUGAGAGUGAUGCCGUGGCGACAGCUAACAUCCUGGAGUCGUCGGCCCCCGAGAUCAACGGGAAGAAAUACUUCUUCUUGUCAGUGUUGACGAGGACCGCCGACGGGGACGAGGGAGGGAAGCACCAGCUGAUUACCGCCACCGUCAAGGACGGGAAGCUAUACAUCUGCAAGGCUCAAGCGGGCGACAAGAGAUGGUUCAAGGGAGCCAGAAAGUAUGUCGAGAGCACCGCAAGCUCAUUCAGCGUGGCUUAAAAGACCGUCACGGCAAAGGGCUUUAGCUUGUAAAUCAAUCUCCAGUGUAUGAACCCCACCUUGGAUUUGCCCCCGUCUUGUUUUUUUGGUUCUGGUGUUCCAGAGAUUAGUAAUCAUAUUGAGGAAGUUGAAUCAAGAAAACCUUGUUGAUACCAAACAUCUUCAAGGC